AUGAAUGCUAGAAAAAUUGUAGAACACGCUCGAAAGUAUAAAAAAAGUGUUCGUAUAGCAUCUAAAUCAAUUCGCUCAAUACCGAUAUUAGAGAGGCUUCUAACUAGAUAUCCCGACGUAAUUAAUGGAAUUAUGGCAUUUUCAGCUACAGAAGCAUGUUGGUUAUCUAACCGAAAUAUUUGCAAUGAUAUUCUAAUUGGUUAUCCUAUCUGGCAUGUGACAGAUAUAGAAGAAGUAUAUCACUGUAUACAAAGCAAGAAUAUAGAUCACGUAGAUAACUCUCCAAAUUAUAUUACUCUAACAGUUGAUUGUAUUCAACAUGUUCAACAUUUAGAUAGUAUUAUUGAUAGAUUGAAUGCUAUAGCAAAGCAUAAAACUAAAAUUCCAGUUUGUAUUGAUUUUGAUCUGUCCUAUUCAGUACAAAUUAUAAAUCUUUGGUUUGGUGUUCGUCGUUCACCUCUUAGAACAAUCAAUGAUGUUGAAAAAGUGCUUCAGCAUGUUAUACAGUCGUCGAACUUAAAAUUAGAUGGACUACUUGGUUAUGAAGCACAAAUUGCUGGUUUAGGCGAUAAUCAUCAAUGUUUUCUUCAAAAACCGAUGGAUACAUUAAUUAGAACACUCAAACAUUAUUCUUCGCUGGAUGUACUAUCGAGGAGAAAAUCAAUUGUUGAACACACGAAGAAAAUUUUAAAGAGUAACGGAUUUACAUUAAGAUUUGUAAAUGGUGGAGGAACUGGUUCUAUCAAUUUUACAUGCACUGAUCUUUCAGUAAACGAAAUUACGGUUGGUUCAGGACUAUUUUCUCCAUUACUAUUUGAUGAAUAUAAAGAUUUGAAACCAUUCCAUCCUUCAUUGUUUUUUGCUUGUCAAAUCAUUCGUCAACCAACAUUAUGUAUUUAUACGUGCUUAGGUGGAGGUUACAGUGCAAGUGGUAAAACAGGUCAAGAUAAAUCUCCUCAACCGUAUCUUCUACAAGGUGCACAACUCGAUCCCAAUGAAGGUGCAGGCGAAGUACAAACACCAGUAUGGUGCAAAAAGAAACAAUUACAAUUAGGUGAUGCUAUCUUUUUUCGACACGCUAAGGCUGGUGAAAUUUGCGAACGAUUUAAUGAUAUAUAUGUUAUAAAACAAGGAAAAUUUUUACAAGAUAGAUACAAAACGUAUCGAGGCGAAGGGAUGUGCUUUUUAUGA